GACCCGAACUAAACGCAGCGUAGGGGCAAUCUCUUGUCACCGGAGUGAGAACCCAAACAAGCCCGAGAGGAGGACUGAGCAGUGAGCAGCUCAGCUAGGGCAAAGAAGUUUAUCGGAGCUCAGCCACCUGGAAGAUGUUCCUCCGCGUGAUCGGGCGGCCGCUGCUGGCCCAGGUGAAGCAGACAACGGGGAUCGUGGGCCUGGAUGUGGUGCCGAACGCGAGGGAGGUCCUGAUCGACCUCUACACCAAGACGUUGAAGGAGAUACAGGCCGUCCCCGAGGACGAGGGCUACCGCAAGGCGGUUGAGAGCUUCACGAGUCAGCGGUUGAAGGUGUGCCAGGAGGAGGAGGACUGGGAGGCGAUCGAGAAGCGGCUCGGCUGCGGCCAGGUCGAGGAGCUCAUCGAGGAGGCCCGCGAUGAGCUCACUCUCAUCGGCAAAAUGAUCGAGUGGGAUCCCUGGGGCGUGCCUGACGACUAUGAGUGCGAGGUUAUUGAGAAUGAUGCUCCUGUUCCCAAGCAUGUCCCUCAACACCGACCGGGCCCUCUCCCUGAGGAGUUCUACAAGACCCUAGGGGCUGUGUUAUCGAAGAAAGAGGUGCCUCAGGUGACUUCCAGUGAGUCAUCAUCGAAAGAAUAAGGCCAUGCUGGUUUUAGUUUCCAUGUUUGUUUUUCAAGGAUGGAUGUCUUUCCGGUUCCGUUCAAUGUUAUAUUGUAAUAAGCCCAUUUUUCUAUAUGGAUUAGAGAUGAUGUUCCAGGACAUACUUUUGAACCAGCCACUUGUUUAUCCGAACCGAAUCAGAAGUGUUGGGACUUCUGUUCGUGAGUUCCGGUACUCAUUUCCAAUUCAGUGAAUCUAUGACACAGUAGCUAUAGAUCAGCUUGAGGUU